AUGUCGUCGUCUACUCCAACGGAUCGUCUCAACAAUAUCAAAGGCCAUUUGUCUGGCAAUUAUCCUCAAGGUCUCUUGGCUGGAGAAGUGGCCAUCAUCACUGGCUCAGGCCAAGGAAUUGGAAAGUGUACGGCAGAGCUCUUUGCUCGUGAAGGUGCCCUUGUCACAGUCACUGAUUUGGAUGCUGCCAAAUCGGAUCAAGUCGCAGCCGAUAUUAAUGCAGCUGGAGGUCGAGCCAUCUCUGUACCUGGCAAUGUGAUGGAUCCUGCAUUCCCUGAAAGACUCGUAGAGGAGACCGUCAAGGCAUUUGGAAAACUCAAUCAUAUUGUCAACAAUGCUGGAUAUACACAUGAUGGCAUGAUUCACAAGAUGAGUGACAAGCAAUGGGAUGCCAUGCUCAACGUGCAUCAAACUGCUCCUUUUAAGAUCAUCCGUGCUGCUUCAAAGUACUUGCGCAAAAAGGAUGGAGAGAACAAGUCCAUUAUCAAUAUUUCAUCCACCUCGGGUCUCCAUGGCAACGUUGGGCAAGCCAAUUAUGCCACAGCCAAAGCAGGCGUCGUUGGAUUGACCAAGACCAUUGCCAAGGAAUGGGGUCUCUUUGGUGUGCGCUGCAACACGGUUGCCUUUGGAUGGGUUGAUACACGUCUAACACGAGCCAAGGAGGCUGGCACUAGCAUUGAAAUUGAUGGCCAAAAGGUGGCACUUGGUGUCCCCACUGCCAAUCGUCAAGGUAAUCCAUACGCAGCUAUCCCACUUGGUCGAGCAGCCACACCUGAGGAGGUCGCCGGCUCGGUGAUGAUGCUAUGCACGCCACUCUCUAGCUAUAUCACAGGUCACACUUUGGAGGUUACUGGUGGCCGUGGUAUAUAA